AUGUGCUUCUCAGUGGAACCCAAGGCCAAAUACUACUACCAGGAGGAAAUCAUUCCUGCACGGCCACACCGAGAGUCGUACCGGGAUUCGCACCGCGACUCAUACCGCGAUUCCGGCGUCGACUACUACCACCAUCACCAUCGCCAUUCUUCUUCUCGUCACUCGCACUCGCACUCGCCGCGAACGAGCCACACGGCCGUUGACCGAUACAGCAGCAGCCCCCGGGUCAGCACAUACACCCCUCGCCUCAGCUCCAGCAGCACCAGGCGCAGCGUCAUCCCGGCGAGAGUUGUGUACAAGGAGACGACGCAGAGCCGCUACGUGUAA